GGGGUAUUGUCUCCUUGUGUGAUUGCUGGCAUUAUCACCAUCAUCCCAAACCAUUUUUUUAACCUGACUUUCAGUCAUGUUUCACAUCACAGUUUGCCACAUUGUUGUUACUAUUAUUGUCUUAUAUUUACUUUGUGCGCAAGAGAUUCACUUGAGUGAAUGAAAUCAUUGGGAUACAUGAAGCACGCUCAUAGAAACUCCACAUCUUGCUGUUGCAGGGCAUGGACUUAGUCACUGUCUCUGUUAAUCUUACAGUUUCAGAUCGGUCCUUCUCAGCGAGAAUACAGACAGGAGAAGGGUUAGAAGGCAGAGUCAAACCACCUCCUGGUUAAACUCAUAUCCAAUGUAAGAAGAAAAAUCCAGGUCACAAACAGCAACAAUCGAUUGCUUCAGUGAUCUGGAGUGACAGGAAGACUCCUCGUUGACUCAGUAAGUCUUCUGUACCACCAGCUUAUUCUUGGGAUGGGGCUUGGAAGGAACACCUUGGUCUCCUUGCUUCUGGAUAGCAAGAAAUCCUACCCUACGAGAGGAAGUUGAAUACUGUCGCUAUCUUGUCUGGAGACCACUGGUUCAAAUAACAGCCGAUCCAGGAGCUAGCCAGCCUCUAUGUGGAUGUUAUAAGUGCUUUCCAAAGUGGGUCAUUUGGAGUGGGCUCUAUAUUUUAAGGGGAGAUUAUAUCUUUGACAUUGGACUUUUUUUUUUUCUUUUUUCCACUAAACUUCUGUAUCAUCUGCGGAAUAGUCAUGGAAUUGGAAAUUUCUUAGUUUUGUGCCUGUGACCUAGUACCUUUUUAAUAUUUCUAUUUUUCCCUUCGUCCUGAUCAUAUUAACAUGUAUGAGAUGGAAAAGCAAGGAUUGUUUAGUGUCCUGUGUUACCUGAUGCUGAACACACCCCUGUUAUUUAGUGUCAAUGCCACAUUCACUGAAGUCCCCAAAGAUGUGACUAUAAGGGAGGGUGAGGAUAUUGAGAUGCCUUGUGCUUUUCGGGCCAGCGGAUCAACAUCUUUCUCAUUGGAAAUCCAGUGGUGGUACCUUAAGGAGGCAACCAGGGAAAUGGCCCAAGAAUUAGCCAUCAGUGCCCCUGGGAACAGAAAUAAGGUCACAGCAAGCAAGGAUGCCACUAAAAUCAGUACUGUUCGAGUUCAAGGCAACGACAUCUCCCACCGACUGAGGCUGUCCAAUGUGAAGAAGCAGGACGAGGGGGUGUACGAGUGCCGGGUGUCGGAUUUUGGGGACGACGAGACUCAGGAACACAAAGCUCAGGCCAUGCUCCGGGUCAUUUCUCGCUUCUCACCGCCAGAUAUACAGGCCGCCGAGGCAGUAUCGCACAUUCAGAGCAGCGGGCCCCGUAGGAACAACCCCAGCAGCAGAGCCACCCCAGAACCCGGCAACAAACGCCCCGCGCCCCGGGGAGAUCAUUUGGCCCCAUCUCCCUCCACCGCAGCCUCCUCCUCGGCUUCCCCCGCUCCUGGAAAAGCAGCCAUCCUGCGGCAGCAGCACGGGUCAGGAACCGGACCCAUUUUUGCCAAUGAUCCAGCCCUUUACAUGUUCUUGUUGAUAUUUCAUCAGCUUGUAUACUUACUAUUGAACCACUAAUGGACCACUUGUUGAAUCAUUCCCGAAUCAACCAAACAACCAUAGGAUCCUAUUAAAACCCCUUACUGACAGCUGCAAAUAUAAAGAAGGACUGGAAAAGACUGAAAGAAGCAUGGCAAACCACUUCACGUGAAGAAUUACAAAAAAAAUAUUUUUGGAGAACUUACACAAAAAUUACACAACCCAAAAUAAAUGCAUCUAGUUUCCAAAAAGUCUGGUUAAAGCCUUGCUAUGUGCAUGGCAUUUAUGAUUUCUAAAAUGUAAUUUAUCAGGCAUUUCUUUCCAAAAUCUCCUUGUUAUUCUUUUUGCACGAACUGUUGAGCAGUUAUUUUUAUGACAAUAUGUAAAUUUAUUCCGUUUAAAGACCUUCUAAAGAAGGUAAUAUUUUUAAGUAGAAUGUGUUUAAAUGUUUUGGGUUACUUCUUCCUGUUAUUUUUUUAUUAAAUUAUUUCUUUCCAGUUUGUUUGGUUUUUUUUCAAAUUCCAAGGCACACGUUACCAUCCUUAUUAAUCACGUCAAUAAUAUUUAUUUUUCAAUAAAGAUUGGAAACAAGGUAAGACAAUUUGUUUAUAAAACUGUAUUGUAUAAUGCUGAAAACCAGUUGAAUAAAUGAAUUUUGAAAUAA